GCAGUUGUCGCUGAGCUCGCACCACGGGUCUGAGGUUCCAAGAUGGUCCUGUCUUCAGCGGACAGGGAGGCACUGUGUGCGCUGUGGAGAAAGCUGGGUAACAACGUGGGCAUCUACACGACGGAGGCCCUGGAGAGGACCUUCCUGGCCUUCCCCUCCACCAAGACCUACUUCCUCCACCUGGACCUGAGACCCGGCUCUGCUCAGGUCAAAGCCCACGGCCAGAAGGUGGCGGACGCGUUGUCCCUGGCCGUGGACCACCUGGACGACCUGCCUGGCGCCCUGUCAGCUCUGAGCAACCUGCACGCGCACAAGCUGCAAGUGGACCCGGUCCACUUCAAGCUCCUGUGCCACUGCCUGCUGGUGACCCUUGCCCGGUACUACCCUGGAGACUUCAGCCCCGCCCUGCAGGCCUCGCUGGACAAAUUUCUGAGCCACGUGAUUUUGGCCCUGACCUCCAACUAUCACUAAACUAGGGGUGAAUGAUCGCGGGACCCCACAGCGUUCCCUUCCUGUGACGGUCUAGUGUCUGAGUAAAGUCCCCCC